AUGCAUUUUACGUACCAUUUCAUCACGGCUCUGAGCGCAGCCGCUGCUGCUUCAGCUAGUGUCGUACGACUCGAUGUUCGGCAAAAUAACAACCUCAACGCCGCCAUGGUUGCCAAAGGCAAACAAUACAUUGGCACUUCCUUGACCAUCCGGAAUGAUAAUUCAGAGACCAACAUCAUUAAAUCCGAGUUCGGAUCUAUCACACCCGAGAACUCGAUGAAGUGGGAUGCGACCGAGCCAAAUCGUGGACAGUUUUCAUUUGGGGGUGCUGACCAGGUCGCCAACUUCGCAAAGCAGAACAACAAGCAAAUGAGAUGCCACACGCUCGUCUGGUAUAGCCAGCUGCCGAACUGGGUUUCAAAUAGUAACUUCAACAAUGCCACGCUGAUCUCAGUCAUGACCAAUCAUAUUAAUACUGUGAUGGGUCGAUACAAGGGGCAAUGCACCCACUGGGAUGUUGUCAACGAAGCUUUGAACGAGGAUGGUACAUACCGUGAUAAUGUCUUCUUACGCGUGAUUGGCGAAGCAUACAUCCCUAUCGCCUUCAGGCUUGCUGCAGCGGCAGAUCCGACGGCUAAGCUUUACUACAAUGACUACAACCUAGAGUACGGGGAGGCUAAGGCCCUGGGAGCAGUGCGAAUUGUCAAGCUCGUACAAUCGUAUGGCGUCAAGAUCGACGGCGUUGGUCUGCAAGGCCAUCUUGUCGUUGAGUCUACUGGUACUCAGUCUACGCCGACCCCUGCGCAAGAUGUUUUAGAGAAGACCCUUCGUCUGUACACCGACCUCAACGUCGAUGUUGCCUACACUGAGGUUGAUAUCCGUAUGAACACCCCAGCGACGGCGGCAAAGUCCCAGGCUCAGUCAGCCGCCUAUGGACGUGUCGUCGGUUCGUGCAUGAAUGUCCCGAGAUGUGUGGGUAUCACUAUAUGGGGUAUCUCGGACAAGUAUAGCUGGGUACCUCAAACUUUCAGUGGCGAAGGAUCCGCCCUUCUCUGGGAUAACAACUACUCUAAGAAACCAGCAUACACUGGAUUUCUCAAUGCCAUCAAUGCUGCGAAUAGCACGUCAAGUGCCUAA